AUGCUAGUGCUAGGUUUACUGUUUCUUAACGUGACUAGUAUACAUUACCCCAACGGAAAGAACCCCGAAUAUUCGAGAUACCGUCAAAGUGUUACCGAUGAGUUUGCAUUGUUGACAGCAUUACUCGUCUCGAUAAUAGUCGUUGUGGGUAUACCGACGUGGAACUAUGUCAGUCACAGAUCAAGCAAAAUAGUUGAAGCAUGGAGUAGAUUGAACUUGGGAAGAUGGCUCUUACUAAACCAAGUGUCCAUAUUCCAAAGACUUCUGAGUUGGAUCUUCUUUCAUUCUACAAGUAUAUUCCAACUCACUUUCUGGUUGGUGGUGUUGUGUCCACUUCUGUUCUCUGAAUUGAAUGAUGGUGAUUUGAUCUUCUUGGCUAAAAGAUUGGGAAAGCUCCCCGUCGUUUGCUUACCCACUAUUUUAUUUCUCACCAUAAGGCCAAGUCCAUUGCCCAAUGUAUUGUACUUGUCAUUGCUUCCUAUCCACAAGUGGAUAUCCAGAAUCGUCAUUAUUCAAAGUGUUCUCCACGUUAUUUUAUACUUGGGGUAUUUCCAGCAUAAGCAUACUUGGUUUAAAUUGUUUAAACUUGAAAACAACUAUGGGUGGGCAGCUUUUCUUGGGUUCCUUAUAAUCAUGAUUACGUCCAUUGGAUCGUUUAGAGAAAGAUGGUACCGAAUCUUCUAUUUCAAUCAUUAUAUAUGGUCUUGGAUUAUUGUCAUAUGCUUACAAUUCCACGCAAGGCCCGUUAAAGUCACAUUUUAUACUUGCUUAAACGUUAUCAUAUUAGUGGGGCAAGUCUUGUAUAGAUGGAGAUUGACAAGGAGAACAAAGUACUUGACUGAUGUUCAAGUCAUUGACGUUCUGCCUCAGAUAUCCAUAGUUGAAUUUCCAAACGAGGUGCUUUCGAAACCAGCCACCAACCCCGGUGCUCAUGUAAGAAUUGCCAGGUAUGAGUCUAACAUAUUUAGUCGUUUUUAUCUAGAGAUAGUACCAAAUUAUCAUCCGUACACUUUGGUUAGCUUACCACUGGACCAAUAUCAGAAAUUGAUCGUCAAAAAGGGAAACUUUAAGUUAGUUAAUGAUCAAAAAUACUUGAUAAGUGGAACUUACGAUCCCCAUUUAUUGUUUAUGGAAGAAAAGAAAAGGAAUUCAGAAUCUAAAUUUUCAAUAGCCAAUAUCAAGUCAAACGCGAGCAGGCUCUUAAUUGUUGUUGGAGGAUCAGCAAUAUCGUUUGCUAUACCUAUCGUUAGAGUGAUGAGCUACCAUGGGUUACCAGUGAAAGUAGUUUGGGUGGUUCGUGACUUCAGAGAUGUUGUGUUAUUAAAUUAUUUCAGUGAUUUCAUACAAGGAGAUGAUUUUGAGAUCUUCAUUACAGGGAACUACAACCAUAAUGAAAUAUUAGGCAAGAUCGAUGAACGUACAGAAACAGAAGGUGUGGAGAUCGCAAUUGACGAUGGUUCUGAUGAUGAAGGUGAAUGUUGUAGUGUAUUCCCACCGGAGGGACUUGAAGUCUCAGAGGAUGGAGAAAUUGUUGCCAAUAAUGAGAUCUCUAACAAUGGAGGUAACAGUGCGACCGAAACUGAUCCUUUACUUUCAAUGAGUAGUAGCACUCAUACUUUUGAAAGUAGGUCCAUAAAGUCGAAAAAAUCCUCUAGAAGGUCUUCGAUCUCUUCAAAUCCCUUCGAAAUACCCCCAGAAACUUCCACAUUUCAGUCUAAUUUAUACAGGCGUACAUUGGUCAAACUUAACCUUGUAAAUAAGAUUUACCAAGGAAGGCCAACCUUGAACCAUAGAUACCACCAAUGGUGUACCAAUGAAAGCAAUUUCACCCAAUGCUCGGGUCCAAUCGCCGUUGAUGACAAUACAUUUAUUUGCUGCAGAGAUGUUCCGGUUGAUAAGCAUGGAAACGAUUUGCCCAGACAAGAUGGAGGUGCAAAAAGAGCCUCAGAUACAAACUGCUGGGUGGUAUCUGCUGGACCCAAGAACUUGGUCAGAAACACAGGUCUUUGGGCAAGAGAGAGUGGUUUAAAAUUCCAUGAAGAGUCUUUCUUCGUAUAG